AUGGAGUCACUGCCCGCUCUCCUUAUCGCUCGUCAGAGCCCCAGCACAAACUCCAGCAAUGACCAAAACAUUGGCUCUGCUCGAGAAGGCUCCCCAUCCUUGUCUGGCCUCAUCUCAACUCUUGUCCCGACUCUACUCAUCGCUGGAGCCUACUUCGCCAUCUUUCUUCUGCUGCGAACUCGUUUCCCUCGCCAGUAUGCUCCCAGAACAUACCUUGGUGCUUUGAGACCCCAGGAGCGCAGCCCGACUCCUCCCAACACCCUAUUUGGAUGGAUCCCCUUCAUGAGAAAGAUUCCUGACGAAUACGUGCUCCAACACAACUCCCUUGAUGGCUAUUUCCUACUCCGAUAUCUCAAACUUUCAGUCGUCAUCUGUUUCGUUGGUUGUUGUCUCACCUGGCCCAUCCUGUUCCCUAUCAAUGCCACUGGUGGCGGUGGCCAGCAACAGCUCAACAUCCUGAGUUUUGCCAACGUCCAGGAUAAGAACCGAUACUAUGCCCACACCUUCGUUGCCUGGAUUUUCCUCUCCUUCAUCUUUUUCAUGGUCACAAGAGAGUCCAUCUACUAUAUCAAUUUACGCCAGGCAUACCUUCUCUCGCCACUCUACGCCUCACGUAUCUCAUCUCGUACCGUUCUAUUCCAGGCAGUUCCUAGUGAAUAUGCAAAUGAGACUCGCAUCCGCCGCAUGUUUGGGGAGGAGCUCAAGAAUGUCUGGAUUGCCUCAGAUGCCAAAAAGCUAGAGGACAUGGUCGACGACCGCACCAAGAUGUGCCUCAAGCUGGAAGGUGCCGAGACCAAAUUGAUCAAGCUGGCCAACGAUGCACGUUUGAAGUCUGUCAAAGGAAAAUCGCCCGAACAACGCCCCGGACCCGACGUUGAUGCAGCAGAUGACUACGGUGCUGACUCUGGAUCGGCGGCUGCUCGGUGGGUUAGCCCCAAGAACCGGCCAACACAUCGCCUUAAGCCAUUGAUCGGUAAAAAGGUCGACACGAUCAAUUGGUGUCGUGAGGAAAUUGCCCGACUGAAUCCGUUGAUUGAUGCCGACCAAACCAAAUACCGCGCUGGAGAAGCGCGCCCGAGAAAUGCAGUCUUUGUCGAGUUCUGGAACCAGACCCAGGCCCAGGCCGCUUUUCAAAUGGUGGCUCACCACCAACCACUUCAUAUGGCUCCACGUGUGGUUGGUCUCAGCCCUGAGGAGGUCGUCUGGUCCAAUCUGGGUAUCACUUGGAGAACUCGUACUCUCCGCAACAUCUUUUCUCUUGCCUUUGUCGUCGCAUUGGUUAUCUUCUGGUCCAUCCCUGUCGCUUUCGUGGGCUCAGUCUCACAGAUCUCCUACUUGACAACAGUCUUGCCGUGGCUGUCGUUCAUCAAUAAUUGUCCCACGGUCAUUUUGGGUGUCAUCACCAACCUCUUGCCUGUCAUCAUGCUGUCGAUCCUCAUGUCUCUCGUCCCUGUCAUCAUGCGCUUCAUGGGGAAAGUAGCAGGCAAGCCAACCUUGAGCUUGGUGGAACUUCGUUGUCACGAGUCUUUUUUCUGGUUCCAAAUCAUUCAAGUAUUCCUGGUCACCACCCUGACGUCUGCGGCCAGCGCAGCGGUCCCUCAGAUUAUUGACAAUCCAACAUCCUUGACAACGCUAUUGGCCCAGAAUAUUCCACUAGCCUCCAACUUCUACAUAUCCUACUUCAUUCUCCAGGGUUUGAUGCUCUCAGCUGGGCAGCUCCUGCGUAUUGCCGGGUUGAUCAUUUUCAAUGCUCUUUCAAAAAUACUGGACAAGACGCCUCGCAAGAUGUACAAUCGAUGGUCCAGCCUGUCAUCUAUUGGUUGGGGAAGUGUGUUUCCUUUGAUCGAGUUGAUGACAGUCAUUUCUAUCACUUAUGCUCCAAUCGCUCCAUUGAUGCUCGGCUUCGCCACGAUUGGCCUUGGGCUGUUCUACUUCGCUUACCGGUACAAUCUCCUUUUUGUCGAUAGCUCCGUCAUUGACACCAAAGGGCUUGUUUACGCAAAGGCACUUCAACAUACCUUGGUCGGUUGCUAUCUUGCUGUGAUCUGUUUGAUAGGCCUUUUCGGUAUUCGCGCUGCACCCGGUCCACUCGUUCUGAUGGUCAUUUUCUUGGUCGUCAUGGUCUUAUACCAUAUCUCCUUGUCCUCAGCGAUUCACCCUCUUUUGCACUAUCUACCACGAUCCUUGGAGUCUGAGGAAAUCGCUCUGCUCGAAGCGGAAGGUGGUACCCUUCAUUCGGAUGCACCCAGGGAUACAAUUCAAGGCCCUUUACCCGAGAAGAAUGGCGUAGAGGAAUUGAAACAAACGAAGAAGUCACUGGGACCUGAGGGCAACAGCAAAAUUGGCAUGUUCAAAAAAUUCCUACGGCCAGAUAUCUAUUGCAGCUAUGCCCAGCUCCGCAAAUUGGUUCCACAGGAUUUUGCUGAGAUCAGAUAUGCACCAGAGGUCGAACGGGAUGCAUACCAGCAUCCUGCAGUCAAUGCUACUGCACCGUUGCUUUGGGUUCCUCGAGACGAGAUGGGGGUGUCAAGACAGGAAUGCUUUCAUACCAACAAGGUUACGCCAAUGACCGAUGAGGGCGCAUAUCUAAACGAAAAGGGUAAAAUUGUCUGGAAUGAUGAGGAGAUGGAGGCACGGCCUCCGAUUUAUGAGGAAAGGAUUUACUACUGA